CACACCUCAGGAACACCUCUCUGCCUGCUGCCCGCUGCCCAGACACACCUGCAGCCCUGCCCAGCCAGCUCUGCUCAACCAGAGGGAGAACAGAUGGACUACUGAGAUAAGGAAUGGAGGCUUGAGUGUUGCAGAAAGAGUCCCCUGCAAAGGGUACAGUACCAGAACAACCAGAGUCACCAUUUGAAUGAGGACAUCAGCCUGGAGCUGAGUGGGGACUGCAGACUCAGGAGAAAAUUGGUGACAAUUGAAGGAGUGUUUCAAGAUGCCUUAGGGGUGCACAGGCUUCUAGAGCCUCCCUCCUCCUGCCAGCUUGUCAAUGUCCCAGACAUGAGCCAGCCCAGGCCCCGCUACGUGGUAGACAGAGCUGCUUACUCCCUCUCCCUCUUCGAUGAUGAGUUUGAGAAAAAGGACCGCACCUACCCGGUAGGAGAGAAACUUCGCAACACCUUCAGAUGCUCCUCCACCAAGUUCAAAGCCAUUGUGUUGGGGCUAUUGCCAGUGCUUUCCUGGCUCCCUAAGUACAAGAUCAAAGACUACAUCAUCCCUGACUUGCUGGGCGGACUCAGUGGGGGAUGCAUCCAGGUGCCCCAAGGCAUGGCGUUUGCAUUGCUGGCUAACCUUCCUGCAGUCAAUGGUCUCUACUCCUCCUUCUUCCCCCUCCUGACCUACUUCUUCUUAGGGGGUAUACACCAGAUGGUGCCAGGUACCUUUGCCGUUAUCAGCAUCCUGGUGGGUAACAUCUGUCUGCAGCUGGCCCCAGAGUCGAAAUUCCAGAUCUUCAACAAUGCCACUAAUGAGAGCUACGUGGACACGGCGGCCAUGGAGACAGAGAGGCUGCAUGUGUCAGCGACACUUGCUUGCCUGACUGCUGUCAUCCAGAUGGCCUUGGGCUUUGUGCAGUUCGGCUUUGUUGCCAUCUACCUCUCUGAAUCCUUCAUCCGGGGCUUCAUGACAGCUGCUGGCCUGCAAAUCCUGAUCUCUGUGCUCAAGUACAUCUUUGGUCUGACCAUCCCCUCCUAUACAGGCCCAGGCUCCAUUGUCUUUACCUUCAUUGACGUUUGCAAAAACCUCUCCCACACCAACAUCGCCUCACUCAUCUUCGCCCUGGUCAGCGGUGUCUUCCUGGUGCUGGUGAAGGAGCUCAACGCUCGCUAUAUGCACAAGAUUCACUUCCCCAUCCCUACAGAGAUGAUUGUGGUGGUGGUGGCAACAGCUAUCUCUGGGAGCUGCAAGAUGCCAAAAAAGUAUCACAUGCAGAUUGUGGGAGAGAUCCAACCCGGGUUUCCCACUCCAGUGGCACCGGUGGUUUCGCAGUGGAAAGACAUGUUGGGCACAGCCUUCUCCCUGGCAAUUGUGGGCUAUGUUAUCAAUCUGGCUAUGGGCCGGACCCUGGCCAGCAAGCAUGGCUAUGAUGUGGAUUCUAACCAGGAGAUGAUUGCCCUAGGCUGUAGCAACUUCUUCGGCUCCUUUUUCAAGAUCCAUGUUAUUUGCUGUGCUCUCUCAGUCACACUGGCUGUGGAUGGGGCUGGAGGAAAAUCCCAGGUGGCAAGCUUGUGUGUGUCUCUGGUAGUGAUGAUUACCAUGCUGGUCUUGGGGUCCUAUCUGUACCCUCUCCCCAAGGCUGUGCUAGGAGCCCUGAUAGCUGUCAACCUCAAGAACUCCCUCAAGCAACUCACUGACCCCUACUACCUCUGGAGAAAAAGCAAGCUGGACUGUUGUGUCUGGGUUGUGAGCUUCCUCUCCUCUUUCUUCCUGAGUCUGCCCUACGGCGUAGCAGUGGGUGUCGCCUUCUCCAUCCUGGUUGUGGUCUUCCAGACCCAGUUUCGAAAUGGCUCCACACUGGCCCAGGUCAUGGACAUGGACAUCUAUGUAAACCCCAAGAUCUACAACAGGGUCCAGGAAAUUGAGGGAGUUAAGAUUGUCACUUACUGCUCCCCUCUCUACUUUGCCAACUCAGAGAUCUUCAGGCAAAAAGUCAUUGCCAAGACAGGUAUAGACCCCCAGAAAGUAUUACUCGCCAAGCAGAAGUAUCUCCAGAAGCAGGAGAAGAGGACGGCAAUGCCCACACAGCAGAAGAAGUCCCUCUUCAUGAAAACCAAGACGGUUUCUCUACAGGAACUCCAACAGGACUUUGAAAGUGCCCCCUCUACCGACCCCAACAACAACCGAGCUCCUGCCACUGAUAGCACCAUAUCCUAUAUCACCUUCAACCCCAAUGCCUCAGUAGCUGCCCCGUGUGAGCUACCUACCUCUGCUCAGUCCCCCAGGGAGUCUAGUGACACUCUAGCCAGUGUCCCACCCUUUGUCACCUUCCACACUCUCAUCCUCGACAUGAGUGGAGUCAGCUUUGUGGACCUGAUGGGCAUCAAAGCCCUGGCCAAGCUAAGUUCCACCUAUGAGAAGAUUGGAGUCCAGAUCUUCCUGGUGAACAUUCAUGCCCAGGUCUACAAUGACAUCAGCCACGGAGGUGUCUUUGAAGAUGGGUGUGUACAGCGCAAUCACGUGUUCCCUACCAUCCACGACGCAGUCCUCUUUGCCCAGGCCAAUACUAGAGAAGCCCCAGCCCUCAACUUUCAAGGGGCUCCAGGGAACACUGAGUUCUUGUAUGAUUCAGAAGAGGACCAUUCCACCUUUUGGGACUUAGAGCAGGAGAUGUUCGGGACCAUGUUUCACACAGAGACCCUGACUGCCCUGUGAGGGCCCGUUUGGUUUGCAUACUGCCUCCUGAGUGCCUGGCACCUGUGAUUUCCAUGGACAAUAAGCUCAGGACCACAAGAGUGACAGAGAGAAAAGUAUGUCCACCAAGACUCUAGAUCCUCUCUCAACUCCUGUCUCUCUCCCACCUUUCCCUCCCUCCUUGUAUCUCUGGGAGAGAGCCAUCGGCCUCUGCAGCCAGAAGAGCCUGCCCUGAAAAAGAUGAAAGUCUGAUGAACCCAGCUCGUCACCUUCCCCUUCCCACUCAAGCAUGGGCCAGCAAUAAGCUCAUUCACACCAUCUACGAAAGCCCCACCCAUGGCAGCUGAUAGACACCUUGACCUCCAGCCUUAAGAGUGAGCCAAGGGCAGAAUGAUAAGAGCAACUGUGCUGAGCUGGGAGGCAGUUCAAGCGGGUCUGUGGCCUUUGUGAUUUGACCUCGGAGGGUUUGGGGCUGCCGUGGGACACAGGGAUGAACUGCGUUAGAAUGUUAAAGCUUAUCCCUCCACUUGCCUUCUAGUUGUCAGCUCUGUGCCUCAAAGAGACGAUACUAUCCACAGUCCAGGAGCCUCUUACUUUGUGCCCGUUUCUCUCUCCUUGUCCUAAGAAUGUUGAAGCCUUCUGCUGCUGUCCAGCACUUCAGCCUCUACUGUGGGUAGUGGACAGAACUCAAGGCUAUCCUGCUCCAGGGACAGCCCACCAAGGAGCUAACUGAGCCUCUUGAAUCUUCACCACCUGGAGGCUGCCCCAUUCUGGGAGCCAGUGACCUGCUGAAUCUUCUGAUGAUAGAGCGACAGCUAUUCUGCACAAAAUCUUUUGAGAAACCCUCUAUGUACUUGAGACAUGGAAGAAGAAGUAGGUUGCUAAUGCAAACUCAAGACAAGCUGGUGGGUUCUAGGCCCCGAGAGCCCACCUGACCUCAGAGCUCAUAUUGUCUCUCCUUCUGAAAUUUGCCAUGUUCAUUGUCACUUGGAAAGAGACAGUCAUUUGAACUCUCCCUUAUCACCCCAAAGCUGUGAUGGGAGGUUCACAGGAGGAUGUACUAAGGAACCAGCUUCAGAGCUUAACUGGGUACAGAUGUGAAGGACUAUCCCAGACUGGGUCUUCCUCUACAGGGAACUCUUAACAAUCUCAGGACCUUUUUACCCUAAGAAAAAGGACAAUAGGAAUUAAAUUCUCAUGUAAACAGGGAGAUAACUGGAGAUAGCCCACUGUUGACUUGAAAGUAAAUAGCCCUCUGUGUGUG